CCGCAUCUCGUCGCUUGCUCAUCCGGUUCAGCUGAUUGGGAUUUUCAUGAUGACUUUUCGAGGAAUGAGUGUCUGCGUGAUGUGCGUCGCCGUGAUGCUUACGCUGACAAGCACCGUGCAGGCAGGACCUACCCUCCAAGAGAAGCCGGGAUCGUGCCCCUUCCUCCUGGCGCCUCCGCCUAGCCUGGCAGGCAGCCCGCUUUCCCUUGGCGGCCAUGCUGACUUCCCACCUGAUCCCGAGACCUGCCGCUCUGAUUUCGACUGUGUUGGCCGUAAGAAGUGCUGCCCGACUGGCGCUUGCUGUGGUGUUAUUUGUACUGAUCCCGUGGCACCGAUCGAUGGUUUUUAAGAGUUGACUGCCUUGAAGAUAACCAUGAUUCAUCAUUCGUCACGUGUCUGUAAUGGUAAAGAUUGUUAAUCCUUCAGAAUAAAAUUUGAAUAAUCACUCUUGUCUGCUUCGUAA